CGUCCUCGACACACACAAAACACGAUGUCGUCCUCCCUCGCUGAAUACCUCGCAAAAAACUACCUCACCGCCGACCCACCGAAGAAGAAGGGCGGCCUCAAAAAGCGCAAACGAAAGGAAAAAGAUGCCGCCACCACGUCCUCGAGCUCCGGGCUGAUCAUCGCCGACGACGAUGCAGCAGGCUGGGAAAAUACCGCCGCCAACUCGGACGACGACGACGGACCGACCAUCAGCGGCAUGACCAAGUCCUUCAAGAAAUCUACCACAUCGAACUGGAAAACUAUCGGGGGAGCAUCGGAGGCGGCGGAAACCGCAGCGGCCGACGCGAUCCUCGCUGCCAACACCGACGGGAGAACGGAGGAUGAUGCGCCGACUGUGGCCGAUGAUUCCCUAGCCGUGAAGAUGAGCUCUGGUGCGCAUGCCGGACUACAGACUGCUGCACAGAUCGCUGUGCAGAUGGCCAGAGCGAAAGAGGAGGAACGGAGACGGUUCGAGGCUACGGAUCCGGCGGAGAGUGGGAAGGGGCAGGAAACCAUUUAUCGUGAUGCUUCCGGACGGAUCAUCAACAUUGCGAUGCAGCGUGCUGAGGCGAGGAAGAAGAUCCGCGAGGAGGAGGAAAAGAAGGAAAGAGAGAAGGAGAUGGUGAAGGGCGAUGUGCAGAAGUUGCAAUCGGAGGAGCGGGCGAAGCGGUUGGAGGACGCAAAGUACAUGACGUUGGCGAGGUACGCAGAUGAUACGGAGUUGAAUGAUGAGCUGAAAGACCGCGAGCGGUGGGCCGACCCUGCGGCUGCCUUUCUAACCAAGAAGAAGGGCGGAGGCACGAGCAAGACGGGGAAGCCGUUGUUUGCAGGAGCGGCGCAACCAAAUAGGUUCAGCAUCAGGCCUGGCCACAGGUGGGAUGGUGUGGAUAGGGCAAACGGGUUUGAGGCGAAGUGGUUCCAGGCACAGAACAGGAAGAACGAGAAGAGCCGGCGGGCUUAUGAGACUCAGAUGGACCUUGAUUAGAUCAGAAGUUGGAUGUUUGGGCACGGAGUUUUUCUGCAUAAUGGCGUUUAUCAUUUUGAGUGUUAGUACGUAGCAUGUCAGAUAAUACUUGCUGUAGUUUUUUUUGGGUUGUGGCUACCAACUACAAGACCUACGGCUCC